CGCCAUCCUUCCCAUCGACGAAGCUAACAAAACAGCGAAAGAAGAGAGAUGACAACACAACGCCCGGAAGAGCCAUCCCUCGCGGCCUGCCUCAGCUUCGGUGGCAGCGCCGCAUCCGCUGACGUCCCGGCGGUCGAUGACUGUAGCUUCAUCAUCCACCAUGAUCCUCCGCGUCACAUCGAGUUCCUAGAGGCGGCGGAUGAGGACGACGCCGACGACGACUCCAGCGAGGACUUCGAGUUCGCAUUCGUGGUGAGGGACCCCGACGCCUCCCCCUCGAUCACCGCCGACGAGAUAUUUUCUGGCGGCCGGAUCGUCCCCGCCUACCCCGUCUUCAACCGCGACCUCCUCCUUGCCUCCUCCGGCACAGAGGAGAGAGAAGCGGCAGCGGAAGCCAACGAUAUGGCCGACCAAAUUCCGCUCCGACGGCUCCUGAUCGAGGAGAGGGAAGCACGGUCGGCUUCGACGUCGGAGGAGCCCGAGGCUGUCGGAGAGUACUGCGUGUGGGCGCCGGACCGGUGCAAGAAGAGCGCCUCCACCGGGUCGUCGCUGCGGUGGCGUCUCCGGGACCUGAUGAUCGGCCGGAGCCAGAGCGACGGGAAGGAGAAGUUCGUGUACCUCGGGGCGGCGCCACCAUCGCCCCAGCCAGCAAAGGGGAAGAUCGCAAACUCCACUACUAAGGGUGCAGCGGCGACGGCGAAGAGACCGAGUCGGGUGGCGCAGGCGGGUGCGGUCACGGGCCACCGGGUGUACUAUGGGAAGGGACCAAACGGGCAAGCGCUGAAGGCACCGCGGCGGUCGUUCUUACCGUACCGCCAAGAGCUCUUCGGGUUGUUCGCUCCAGUGACCGGUCUCCGCCGCUCACAUCAUCCCUUCUGAUUUGAAUCUCUUCCGCUUCAAUAAAUCCCCUUCUUUUUCUGUUUUUUUGGCUACAACAUGUAGAGUUUUUGUUUGA